CUGUUGCGUUGUGACUUUGGCGAUGUGUGCAGAUGUCGUCUCUAGCGUUGGCCGUGGACGGGAACACAAAGAAGGAAGGGGUAGAGGUCGUGGUGCUAUACCGAAAUACAACCCUCGACCGCCUAAAAGUUGUACAAUCGAUGGUUCUGCAAUUCAGGACGCGGUUCCCCCUCCGCCGGUGAAGGGCGCUCAGACACCGUCCACUCCGCCAACUGCACGCUCAUCGACACAGAGUUCCUUUCCAGAGUCAGCAGUGAAUGCGAAGGAGUUUGUUCCUCGCUUUGCAAGUUUACCUGUAGUCCCGACGUCUACAGCCACAAACGAACAAAGACCGAGUCGUCUGUCGUUAGAGCAGAUUUCUACGUCUACGAAGCGUCUGAAAGACAGACACGCUGUGAAUGAGGGAGAUAAACGAAUGUUACAGCACUUAGAGGAGACAGUGUGUAUUCUAGGUUCAUAUAAUGACUCGUUCGAUGAUGUGAUAGAAUCUCUGGUGAAGACUCUUAAAGCUUGGGUUGAUGAUGAAAGAACAAUGGAAGUUGUGAUGGAGCGCUUGUUUGAGGAGGGUGUUUGUAAUCCAACCUUUCGGUAUAUUGGAGUGCGUAUGUGUGAUUAUAUCAAUGAGCAUCUGGAAGUGAAGAAGCCGGGAUCAGUUAUUCGAUUUCGAAAAGUACUGCUGAACAGAUGCCGUGAUGAACUUUUACACUUCCUGAAAGUGGAGAACCAGGAAAAGGAUCGAGCACGAUGGUUUGGAUUCUGUCUCUUUUUGGGUGAAGUAUAUCACCAAGUGAAGACUGAUGGUCAACCAUAUUGGGUUGUUGGUCGAGGCUGUAUGGAUAAUAUAGAAUGCCUUUUGCAAAAUGGUCAACCAGAUGCAUUAUUUGUAGCUUUGUCUUUGUUCAAGUUGACUGGACAUUUGAUGGAUUCUGAUGAGAAGUUGAAAGAGAGAGUUGAUAAAUGUGUUGUAGACAUGCAAAACACACUUGACACACAGCCAGUUCACAGACAACUGCAAGAAGUAGGAAAGCGUACAUUGAAACUAAGAGCUUGCAAUUGGGGAAACAUUACAUCGCCAGCUGCUUCCCCAGUUCAACAGAGAAAGUUUAGUGCAUCUAGUUCACGUCAACCACUAGCUGGACGAGACUCAGGAUACAGACAAGCUGCAGCAGUGCCCAAAAGAAACUCAUUAUCAAGGACUUUACCAGUGGCUGACACAUUCUUGUCAGCAACAGCUGGAGCAGUGGCAGACUAUCACUUACCAACAAUGGCUGCAGCAGAAGUAUUGGACACAACAGUUGAUCCUAGGUAUUACUAUAAUGAGUCGUAUCCAGAGAUGGGGUACGGUGGUUAUCCAGAGGAACUAGCAUACAGCACUGAUUCUUCAUUCUCAGAUGAAUGGAGUGAGUUCAUGAUGCCAGCAGAAUAUGAGAUGACAGAUAUGUGGUGUCCUGAGGAAGAAAUGUCUGAUGAGGUAGAGGCAGCGUUUGAGCAGUUUCUUCAAGAGCAGGAAAAAUGAGGCCUGUUUGUCUUGAGCUUUUGUUGGUUAGGUGUUUUGUUGUGUUGGCUCAUAUAUGGGCUGCUUGGUUGUACAAAAAUGUUAUUUGCUUAAUAUCUAAGUUAUUUGCAAACUAAACUGUUCUAUGAAAGUAUAUCACUGGAAAUCUGUUACAUACUAAUACAUAUAUUUAGUGCAUCUCAGUUAUAUUUGAAGGAGUGGUAUUAGUUUCUGUUGGCCCAAUUGAAUUCGAAGCAUGCGUUGUCGUAUGUAUCACAGACUGCUGAGGUUGCUGCACAGUAUGUGUUCACAACACAAAAGUGUACAGCAAGCUUUUGCGAGGAUGUUGAAGUCCGAGUGACAUCUUGAGUUGCCAGUUUCCUUGAACAAACCAUCUAAUUAAUUAGCAACAAAUUCUUGAGUAGCUUGUAGAACAAGUUGGAGCUGUACAUGUACUGUAUAACAUGUUAAUAUCUGAAUUGAUUUAUAGUUAUAGAUGGCAGCCAGUGCUGUAACUACCAAUACCAAGAUAACAAAUGCAAAAGUUCAUUGUAAUGAGGUAGGAGCCUAGCAUACUCUGAACUUCAGUUAGAGACUUACUGUAAAAUGUGUAGUAAAAUAUGGUGUAAUAAAAUAUGGUGACUGGCAAAAGAUUGUUAUACAGUGUAGUUUGAUUCGAGAGCGAUUGAUGUUGAUA